CGAUAAGAAGUCAAGCUUUUCGUCUGAAAGGGAACACCUUCCAAGAGAAGAGAGCAUCCAAAGAAGAAGAAAACUCCAUUAAUGGAGAAAGAGGCAGCAGAAACAUCAACAGAACUCAAUUUCGACAGCACAACUUCAUCUCCAUACAUAACAGCUCCUUCAAGCCCAACCCUAUUUGGAAACAACAAUGCUAUUUUCUUCAGUGCACCCACAAGCCCUUCUACUUCAACUUCUUCCAAUACACCCUUUGACUGGAAUGACCAACCAAGAACUCCCAAGAAGAGAUCAGCCAGCGAUAUUGAUGAUGAAUUCGAGUUCAAUUUCAGUGGACAAUUGGAUAAAUCUUUUUUCUCUGCCGCCGAUGAGCUCUUCUAUGGAGGAAAGAUUCGACCUUUAGGGCCCUCACUUCCUCCUGUUGUUUCUGGUGUUCUCGACAGAGAAGAUUCUGGUAGAGGAAGAGACCGAUCUCCCGGAUCUUCUACGCGUUAUGAUCGUGUAGGAAGCCUCUCUAUGUCUCCGUUGAGGGUUUCAGACAUUAUGGUUGAUGAAGAAGAAGUACAUGAGAAAACAAAAAUGGUUGCUUCUAACGCAAGCAACCAAAAAUCCUCUGUUUUCUUGUCAGCGAUUCUGUUCCCUGGUCGAGCAUAUAAGAAGUGGAAACUCAAAGAUCUGUUGUUAUUCAGGAGUGCAUCCGAUGGUAGACCUGUUCCAACCAAAGAGUCAUUGAGAAGAUAUGAUAUACUUACAAAGAAAGAGGCCGAGGAAGUGAAAAAUUCGAGUAUCCGAUCAAGAGACAGCUGUGAUUCAUCAGUCUCUAGGUCAAGGAGAAGGCACGGCACGGUGGUUUCAGCUCACGAGAUGCAUUACACUGAGAACAGAGCAGUGUCAGAGGAGUUGAAAAGGAAGACGUUCUUGCCGUACAAACAAGGCUGGUUAGGAUGCUUAGGGUUUAACCCUGCGGUCCAUGAAAUUUCAAGAGUUGGGUCCUUGUCACGUGCUUCCUCUUGAUCCAUCUUGUGCCUUUUCUUCUAUAUAUUAUUUCUUAUGGCUUAAAUUUUCAGAUUUGUGGUGAGAUUCCAUCUAAUUGAUGGGGCAUAUGAUAUCGUUUAAUUCGGAUAACGUUUUCAUACAAAUGAUAAAAGAAAAAAAAAUCAUAUGUAAAAUUGGCGUAUGGUAUAUUUGGAUAUUUCACUCA